GGCUGCUCGCCUGUCAUGGGCGAGACCCCGCCGGGAUAUAUGGAGCGGGGCGACUACCUGGAGGAGGUCAUCGAGACAGCCAUGGACGGCAGCCUCUUCGCUGAAGAUGGUUGUGCCGGUGUCUUCGGCCUGGAAGGAGGAGGGGGAGGUAGAGGGAGCCGUGGGGGAAGAAGAGAAGGAGUGGAAGAGGAAGGAGGACUUGGGUUAAAUAAAAUGGGUACGACGUACAUCUUCCCGCCCAAGCCCCCACAGGACCUGCCGCCGAGACGACACAGGAACCCCACGCUGAAGGAGGCGUCUACCUUAAGCUCCCUCGCCAUCACCGUGUCCUCAGGGUCAACAGAAUCCAACGUGCAGCCCCUGACUAGUCCCAACCCUCACCGUAGCCCCGGCAUCGUCUUAAGUGUAGAUGAACCUAAGACAAAUUCUCCAGGGGUCACGUUCUCGGACACGCCCUCCAUCCUCCCUGAGAGCUCCAGGAAUGGCCGGGCAGGUGGCCUGGUGUCCUCUGUUAUGGACGCUCGCACCGUCUGGGAAGCGCAUUAUGUGAUGAAGGAGCGCAAGACUGUCAAGACAACCUUCCAAGGCCGAGUGUACAAUUUCCUGGAGCGACCAACUGGAUGGAAAUGCUUCCUCUACCACUUUUCUGAGGGCAUUUUCCGUGGUCCUGAGUUUCAUGGUCCAGAGUUCCGCGGUCCAGAGUUCCAUGGUCCAGAGUUCCAUGGUCCAGAGUUCCGUGGUCCAGAGUUCCAUGGUCCAGAGUUCCGUGGUCCAGAGUUCCAUGGUCCAGAGUUCCGUGGUCCAGAGUUCCGUGGUCCAGAGUUCCAUGGUCCAGAGUUCCGUGGUCCAGAGUUCCAUGGUCCAGAGUUCCAUGGUCCAGAGUUCCUUGGUCCGUCCUAUAGAUUCUUCUUGGAAACACUGAGGCAAUUGUCACCAAACUCUCCCAGAUGA